AUCAGAAUAUUUAAAAGGUGCAAGAAAAAGCAAAGCAAAGAAGCUCUCUCGUCUCUCUUCUUUUUCCUUCUUUCUCCUCCACUGCUUAUAUUCUCGACCGUUGCUUCUCUCUCUGCUUUCCUAAUCUUUUUCGUCUGCUUUCUCUGCGAUAACAUGCAAAAAAUACAAGAAAAGAGAGAAGGAGCGGAGGUGGUUUCAUGGCGAAGCGCUCUGUAGGGGAGCUAGCGGAGGGGAGUGGACCGAGUGGUGAGGCUCAUCCUUACGCGUUCCAUGUCUCUGGUCCUCGUAAUGUUUCUUCUCCGAACUGGAGGGAUUUGAUCAAUUCUAGCUGGAAGGAUAGCAACUACAAAAGAACAGUAAUAGCCUGCAUCAUACAAGCAGUUUAUUUGCUUGAACUUGACAGACAGGAGAACAAAACAGAAGAGAAUAGCCUAGCUCCAAACUGGUGGAAACCCUUCAAGUACAAGCUGACGCAAACAUUAAUAGAUGAAAGGGAUGGGUCCAUAUUUGGGGCCUUACUGGAAUGGGACCGGUCUGCAGCUCUAGCUGACUUUGUAGUGAUGAGACCUAGUGGUGCACCAAGGGCUGUUCUAGCACUUAGAGGAACUUUGUUGAAGAGUUUUACUAUUAGGAGGGAUAUAGAGGACGAUCUCCGCUUUCUAGCAUGGGAAAGCUUGAAGGGGUCUGUCAGAUUUGGCAUAGCCCUGGAGGCACUAAAAAUGGCAGUUGACAGAUAUGGUAGUCGCAAUGUAUGUAUUGCUGGUCAUUCUUUAGGAGCUGGUUUUGCUCUCCAAGUGGGCAAAGCAUUAGCUAAAGAAGGAAUAUAUGUAGAGACUCAUCUGUUCAAUCCACCUUCUGUUUCACUAGCUAUGAGCUUGAGAAGCAUUGGAGAGAAAGCCGGGUCGGUUUGGAAUAGAUUAAAAUCAAUGCUUCCUUCAAGUGGUGAAGCUCAGACUAAUGGAGAGGAACCAGAAAAAGCUGCUGGUGCAGGAGUUAAGACAUCGAGAGAACCCAAAAAAUGGGUUCCACAUCUAUAUGUAAACAACAGUGACUACAUCUGUUGUUAUUAUUCAGAUCCAGCUAUUACAAUAAACGGCUCAUCCAACAAUGGUGAAGCUGCUGGCAAGGAGAAUGCAGAUCCUGUAAAUGAGAAUGUGGCAGCAAAACUGUUUGUGAUGUCCAAGGGCAAACAGAAGUUUCUUGAGGCUCAUGGCUUGCAGCAAUGGUGGUCUGAUGAUUUGGAACUCCAAAUGGCUCUAAACAAUAGCAAGCUCAUAAGCAGGCAACUCAAGUCCUUGUAUACUCUGCCUCCACCACAAGCACCACCUCCACCAGCAGCAGCAGGAGACAAGCCUAGAUAACACAAAGUGUUUGCUAGGUGACUCACCUUGAGUGCAUUAUUUUCAACACCAUCAACAACCAUACCAAAUAAAUGAGAGUGCUUGAUGAACAGCUGUUUCUUUCUUUUCCCUGGCUUGUCAAUUUGAAAUAUCUUGGAAAAACAAGAGGAACUGAUUGAUCCCCAACAAAAUAAAUACAACAACAGUGAUGUUCCUAAAUUCAUGAAAGCUGUCAACCCCGUUGCUUCUCUUUGAUACAUAAUAUGGAGUUUUUCAAGUUUCUGUUGUUCUAAAUAGAUUGAGCAGGUUGAAAUUCUCCUCCAGUCUGCUUUAUAGUUAAGUUAGAAAAUCCAUUGCACACUGUUGAUCCUAGAUAUUCAGUCUCUGGAGGGAGAGUCAGAAUUAAAAAUUUUGAUGUUGGCAUUCUGG